AUGGCCACCAACGGCAGCUUCAUUCAGCAGGAGCAGUACAAGGUCUCGGCCGAGCAGUACCCCGCGACCGCCGGCCCGGUUGACGCCGCCGCCAACGCCGCGGGAAACAGCAACCUGUCCAAGGAUGAGGUUGGCUGGUACUUCGUCGAGCAGUACUACACCACUUUGAGCAAGUCGCCCGAGAAGCUUCACCUCUUCUACGGCAAACGCUCCCAGUUCGUUUACGGUCUCGAGGCAGAGGUGGCAAACGUUUCCGUUGGCCGUCAGGCUAUCCAGGAGCGCAUCAAGCAGCUCGACUUCCACGACUGCAAGGUCCGCGUCUCCAACGUCGACUCGCAGGCGUCCUUCGAGAAUAUUGUCAUCCAGGUCAUCGGUGAGACCUCCAACAAGGCGGCUGAGCCCAAGAAGUUUGUCCAGACCUUUGUUCUGGCUCAACAGCCCUCGGGCUACUUUGUCCUCAACGAUAUUCUGAGGUACAUCGAUGAGGAGACCGAGGAAGAGGCCACCGAGCCCGCCGUUGAGGCGCCCGCUGCCGAGGCUGCCGCUGAGCCCGCUGCCGCCUCUGUGGCCGAGCCCGAGCCUGAGAAGGAGGCUGUCAAGGAAGAGACUGCCGACCUCGAUGCCGCCGUCGUUGACCAGAAGCUUGAGGAGGCCACCAAGACCGACGUCACCGUGAACGGCGGCGAGGUUGCCGAGGAGGCUCCCGAGCCCAAGGUCGAGGUUGUCGCCCCGGCCGCCGACGCCGAUGCCACGGCGCGUGAGCUUGCCGAGGAGGAUGUCAAGGAGGUCGAGACCCCCCAUGAGCCGAGCCCUACUCCCGUUACGAAGCCUGUGGCGCCCCCGGCCGAGCCUGCUCCCCCUGCCGAGCCCGCCGCGCCUCUGAAGCCCAUGACCUGGGCCAGCCGUGCCGCCGCUGCUGCCGGUCCUCGCCCCGUCGUUCCCCUCCCCAAGACGGCCACGCCUCCGGCCCAGACCCAGAGCCGGGCCCCUGCUCCGGCUGCCGCUCCGGCCGCUGCCCCCGCUGCUGCUGCUCCCCAGCAAACCAGUGCCCCGGCUCCCGCCGCCGAGGCUGCUCCUGCUAAGGAGGCGUCUGGAUGGCAGACUGCCGGCGCUGACUCGAAGCGCCAGAACCGACCCCAGUCCAUCUCUGGCAACAUCGUCGAGAAGGAGGGCACGAUGGGCUACGUCAAGUAUGUGACGGAGAAGGUCCAGGAUGCGGACCUCCGCAGCGCCCUGGCAGCUCACGGCGAGCUCACCUACUUUGACAUCAACCGCCAGAAGAACUGCGCGUUCGUCGAGUACAAGACCAUCGAGGGUUACCAGGCCGCCGUCGCCUCCAACCCCCAUGUUGUCAACGGCGAGAACAUCGUCGUGGAGCCGCGCCGCCCCAAGUCGACUGCCUACGGCGGCAGCAACUACGGAUCUGGCCGAGGUAAUGCGUCGGGCCGCGGACGUGGUGGCUUCGACGGCCAGCGCGGCGGCGGUCAGGGCUCGCGUGGUAACUACUCUGGCCAGAACCGUGGCCGUGGUGGUAUCGCCCGCACUCGCGGCGGCUCGCAGGCGAACAAUGCCUAG